GGAGGAGGAGGAGAGAGACAGCAUGCCAGAGCCCGACCGCAUCUCAUCCCGCCGACACCGAGCACCGUUUCACUGCGUUUGAGGGCGAAUCUGCUCUCUGCUCAUCCUACGCUGCACCGCCGACGAGGGAGGCAACAAUGGACUGACGGGACACAAACACACACAGAGAAAGAGAGAAAGAGAGAGAGAGAGAAACGCCGCCUUGUUUUUGAAGCGUGCACAUAUUCUCUGGACAUAAGCUCCCUCGGCUUCACAUUUGCAGCGCGGGACGCAUCGAGCGACCAGGACGCAUUUGAAAGACACAUAAAAGCAGAAGAGGGAGAUGCGAGAGGCAAGCAGUGCUCGCUGCAGGAUGCUUCAAUACGAGCAGUUAUUGCAGUGCAUCCCCUGUAAGAUGGACGAGACAUAUUGGGGCUAAAAGGAAACUGGCGACUUACCACGUUGCGCAGGAGAGAGAGAAAGAGAGAGAGAGAGAGAGGGAGGGAGGGAGGGAGGGAGGGAGGGGGAGAUGUUUUGCCACAGUGUGAUCGGCAGGACGAAUGCCUUCCCUGGCGUCUUUUUUCUCGCUGUUAAUAUGUAGCUGGGUUUGACAGACAGAGGGGAGCGUGUGCAGGCUGUUGUCUUCGGCUUCAGAAGCCCCUUUAAAAAGCAUCGCAGCACCGUGGACAACCUUUUCCCCACCUUGAACUUCCCGACGUGACGCCCCGCUACGAAGUGAGCGCAGCGUCCUGAACUGUCCGUGGUGCUGAACGGCUCCUCGGGUCUCCACGCUGUUGACCUUCUACCAACACCAAACACAACAACAACAACAACAAAAUCACCCCUCCUGCAACACCAGCACAGUGAGGUGACAGAGCAGAGCCACCACACAUGAACAGCUGCUGGGGUUGACUGAGUCAGCCGGACAAUAUUCCUCUUUCAUGGCUGUGGCACGCAAAAUCAAAACUUUGCUGACCGUCAACAUCCUAGUGUUCGUGGGGAUUAUCCUGUUCUCGGUGUACUGCAGGAUCCAGGACCGGUCCGAGGAGCUCAUCCAGAUUGGGCGUAUUUCUGACCAGAGGCUGCGAGCCAGGAAUGGCAAAGUUUCCAACUUAGUGGACAGACAGUCUAUCCUUCAGAGGCUGGAGAGGCUGGAGGAUGUGGUCUACAACCAACUGAACGGUUUAGCGAAGCCCAUGGGGCUGGUGGAGGGACCCGGAGGCCUCGGCCAGGGGGGAGCUGCUGCUACUCUGGGAGAGGACAGCCGCGAUGCUGAGGGGAAGUACGAGGAGUACGGCUACAACGCUCAGCUCAGUGACCGCAUCUCCCUGGACAGGAGCAUCCCCGACUACAGGCCUAAAAAGUGUAAGCAGCUCACGUACCCGGAGGACCUUCCUCAGAUCUCUGUGGUUUUCAUCUUUGUCAACGAGGCGCUAUCAGUGAUCCUGCGCUCCGUCCACAGUGUGGUCAAUCACACGCCGGCUCACCUGCUCAAAGAGAUCAUCCUGGUGGACGACAACAGUGACAGCGUGGAGCUGAAAUUCAACUUGGAUCAGUAUGUGAACAAACGCUACCCGGGCCUGGUGAAGAUUGUGAGGAACAGCAAGCGGGAGGGACUGAUCCGAGCAAGAAUACACGGCUGGAACGCAGCCACGGCUCCUGUCGUCGGCUUCUUUGAUGCUCACGUCGAGUUCAAUGCCGGCUGGGCUGAACCUAUUCUAACCCGGAUGAAGGAGGAUCACACCCGUAUCAUCCUGCCCGCCAUAGACAACAUCAAGUACAACACGUUUGAGGUGCAGCAGUACGCUAAUGCUGCCCACGGCUACAACUGGGGUCUAUGGUGUAUGUACAUCAUCCCUCCGCAGGAGUGGCUGGACAAGGGCGAUGAGACAGCCCCUAUCAGAACUCCAGCUAUGAUUGGCUGCUCCUUUGUGGUAGACCGGGAAUACUUUGGUGAUAUCGGACUGCUGGAUCCUGGCAUGGAGGUCUAUGGAGGCGAGAACAUCGAGCUGGGCAUGCGGGUGUGGCAGUGUGGAGGGAGCAUGGAAGUCCUGCCAUGUGCCAGAGUGGCCCACAUUGAGCGAACCAAGAAACCCUACAACAAUGACAUAGAUUACUAUGCUAAGCGCAAUGCCCUGCGGGCCGCUGAGGUGUGGAUGGAUGAAUACAAAUCCCACGUCUACAUGGCCUGGAACAUUCCCAUGAACAACCCUGGGGUUGAUUUCGGGGAUGUCUCGGAGCGCCUUGCCUUAAGGAAAAGGCUGCAGUGUCGGAGCUUCCGCUGGUACCUUGAGCACGUCUACCCAGAGAUGCGGAUCUACAACAACACCAUCACAUACGGCGAGGUAAGAAACAGCAAGGCCAGUGGCUACUGUCUGGACCAGGGCUCAGAGGACGAUGACAGAGCCAUCCUCUACCCCUGCCACGGCAUGUCCUCCCAGCUCGCCCGCUACUCUACGGAGGGGCUUCUCCAGCUGGGACCCCUGGGGUCGACCACCUUCCUGCCUGACACAAAAUGCCUCAUUGAUGAUGGCAGAGGACGGACUCCCAGCCUGAAAAAAUGUGACGUUGUCUCAAGGAUUUCCCAGAGGCUUUGGGACUUCACACAGAAUGGUCCAAUCAUCAGCAGGGACACUGGUCGAUGCUUGGAGGUAGAAAUGUCCAAAGAUGCCAACUUUGGCCUUCGCCUGGUGGUCCAGAGAUGCUCUGGUCAGAAGUGGAUGAUACGAAACUGGAUUAAGCAUCCCAGGCACUGAAGCCAGCGGACAAUCUGAGACAUUUUGGGCAAUGUUUCAAGACGCAGUUGGAUCUCAAAGUGUGGACAGUUCAAAUAGGAGCAGGGACUGGUGGUGCUAGUGUGUGGUAUUUCACACUACAGACUGCACAGCACACUGAGCUUCCCUCAGGCCACAGAGCUUUCCAGCGCUGAGUUAUAGAAGAAUAUGAUCAAUUCAUAUGUCCCACUGAGCUGCGCGUUCACACCAGACCUUACGGGAAGCUGCACUGUUUGAAAUGGCCCACAUUUCUGACAUUCAGCAACAUGUAUAGAACAAGUCACCUGGGUGCAGCCCGCGAAGAAGGUUUGACAUCCCAGUAAUUAUGUUGUUUCAACUGUAAAACUAUCAGAUGUUUGGAGGUGAUCAAGAGCGUGGGUGAGUGUGUUGUUUUUAUUUAUUUAUUUUUUUCUUUCUGCAUCUGAGCAACUCAGAAGAUAUAAUUGCCGUCAACUGCAACAUUCAAGUGAUUAUUUUGGGCUGUGAUUUGGAAAAUUGCUUUGGACAUAUCGUGCCGCCCUGGCAAGACGUGUAAUAGGCUUCAACCAGGCUGCCCAUCAUCAGGUCGGGAAACACUUCACCUGCACUCACACAAACCACUACAGUUCUUUGUUUCUUUGGACUGUAUUGCUCACUGUGGACAGGAGCAAUCAUGUGCCUUUUUUUCUCUUUUUUCAGCUUCAUCUGACCAGGGAAUGUCAGUCCCACAAGCAUGUACAAAAUUAUUUGAAAGUUAUUAAUAUAUAAAGCAGUGUAUAAAACAGUCUAAUGAUAGUAAUAUAUUGUAAAAAGUGGAAAAUUGAUAUCCGUCCUCUGAUAACAACAAUUAGGAUAAUAAAAUCAUUUUUAUGAUGA